UUCAGGAAAAUGAUCCCCUGUAUAUAUCUAGAGUCGAACUACUCGAGAAGUUACAGAUUAAAUCUCUAGAAACUUUGAGUGGGAUUUCCCAGACUUCCUUUGACUCUGAUUCUGACCAGAGUACAGUUAAAAGUGUAAACAUGAAUGAUGAUGAUUAUGACGAUAAAAGUCCAAAACAGAGAAAGUGGAAAUCUCAAAAGGAUGUUUUUGAAACCGAACUCACUAGAGUCAAACACGAGUCAGCUCCCAAGAAAUUACCACAAAAAUCUUUAGAAGUCAGUUCACCCUUUCACGGUUCACCCCGGGCCCCAGAAAGAAGACGACAUUCGAAUGCAUCUCAGUUAGGUCCUGCAACUCCUCCUAGGGGAAUAUAUUCCUCUCAAAGAAGAAUAAGUGCAGAAAACCGUAAUUCGAUUAAGCAAGAUGAUCAAGAGAAGAGAAAACAUUUUCCAUCUUAUGAAACUCAUGCUGAAGCUAUGAAAAACGACAAGUUGGAUGAGAGUAUAGAGGAGUGGGAUACAUGUUCCUGUGCAACCUGUCAUACAUGUCAACAGACUGAUUGCAGUUGUUCUGAAGUUAGUAAAUCCUCACUGGGUUCCAAUUCCUCCGCUGGCACUGUAGUUGGUGUUGGAGAGGAAAGCGAUGAAAGCAGUCAAAGUAAAAUAUUGAGGAAGCACUCUGAUAUUUAUCACAUCAAUGGAAGCGAGCAUUCUAAAUCAAGCUCCAAAGGAUCAAAAUCGAGCUCCAAAGGGUCUAAAUUCUCAAAUAAAUCCACAAACUAUGAUCCUUUGCCCCAUAAUGGUAUCAAUACGAUAAAACAAAAACAACUUAGUGAGCAUACAACAAAUUCAAUUCAACGAUCGACCGGAAGGAAAAGCGAUUCACAAGUGUCCAAGCGGAGUAACCAAUCAGAGAGAAGAUAUGAUACUCUAACCAAUGAGAGGCAAGGAGGUUCAACCAAUGAGAAGGGAGGAUCUGUAAGCAGUAAGAAGAGUUGGACCAAUGAGAAGUUUGAAAAACUGUACGAACCGGUUACAGUAACAGAGCUCAAGAGGAAACGACAGAUGAAACAAAUCAGAAACCAUUUAAGAACAAUGGCUCCCGAUCUGGACAAGGCUGUGCAAAAUAUAAACACUGCUAAACGUAAGCGAGUGUACAGACAAGUCCGUGACAGUGUAACUAGCCAGAUGAAUCUGGACGAUCUAUCUGAAGAGGAUCUUGGGAAACAUCUUGAUGCUGCUCUGCGACAAGCUCUGGGAGGCUCUCUUCAAAUAAACAUUGGGCACAUGUAUGUUCCAAUGGAGAAAAAUCCCUCCAACUCUAAAAUGGCGAGCAGAGAAAACACAGAUUAUGAUACCUUUGGAAGUAUUGAUUCCUUAAUCUUUGAACCCAAGAUUCCUACUGAGGAGGACAUCUUGGAAGUUCAAGACGAGAUUACUCAGUCUUUUGAAUACCUGGAGGAGGAGACAUAUUCAGGACAUAAUAAGAAAGAAGAAUUUAGUCCUGCUAACAAGUUUUUAUCAAUAAUCCCAGAAGAAUCUAAGAGCAUUACAGAACAUGGAAACUCUAGUCCUACCACUCACAAUCAUAAAGACGCAAUGGGUAAUGUUAAAAACAUGCCUAGCAAUCAACAAAUAGAGUUUGUAGAAUCAUCAAACAGCAAUAUGAACCAUGAGGAGUUAAAGAAACUGGGUGUUGAAAUUCCAAAAAACGAAAGACCUUCUGAAAACAAAAGAAAAACUGAAGAACAUAGAUCAGCUGAGAGCAGAAAACAUGCUGAGGGAAAACAAAGCUCAAGGGAGAAGAGAAGUUCUAACAGUUCUGAAUUAGAAAGGGUAUCAAAAGAUCGAAGUAACCCUAAAAACCAUGAAGGUGAAAGAAAUUCCGAGGAUGAAAGAAUUGCUGGAAGUCAGAGACACCCCAUUCGAAAAACAAGCCAUGAAGAAAAAGUUUGUACAGAAAGUCAAAGACGGUCUAAUGGAAAAACAAGUCCUGCAGAAAAAAGUCGUCCAGGAAGUCAAAGCAGCAAACAUCGCCAUACAAGUUCUGAAGGUAGAGAAAGUUCUAAAAGCAGAAAAAAAUCAGAGAUUAGAAGUAGCCCUGAAACUAGAAAAAGAUCUGAUAGACACAAAAGUUCUGUUGGGUUUGGUCUAGAGAACCUGGAACGUCAAGUAAUUAUCAAAGAUGAUGAAGUGUCUGGGGUAAAAUAUAAAAAUAACAAUGAAAUUAUCACAUCCAAUACCACUUCACCAACUCACUUGGAAUCCUCCAGGACUAUCCGAGAAUCAUUAUCACCGUCUAGAAAAGUCUUCCCGUCAGUUCCAAAGCAGUUACCUCAGCCUAUAUUGGUUGGUAAGCAUGUAAAGAACGCAGUAGCAGUUGGUAAAACAAGUUUUGCUGAAAGGGUGCGCUUGUUCCAAUCUCUUACUGGUAGAACUGAUACACCUGGGAAUGAUGAAGGACAUACUGAUGGAGAGAUAAAAGCAUGGGGAUCUCCAAUCAGAGCUCACUCAGCUCAGACAACUUGGAAAGAACAAGCUCUACUCAAAAGUGAUUCAUCAGGGCGAAGUUCUAUCAGUUCUGGUAGCUCAAGGAGUACUCACAGUAGUGGUAGCACUAUUGUUUAUAAUAUGAACAGUACAGCUUCAACAGCCAGCAACUCAACUGCAUUCUACGCAGUUAACCCUGAUUCAGGAACCUCAUCAGUUACCUAUUCUACAACAGGAAACUCUGGUCGACAAUUAAUCAAUGAUAAAUUUCAAGGAUAUUCCAAAAGUAAAAGAAUUGAAGAAAGUGUAGAAAAAAGAGAUGUACACAAAAUGAAUAGAAAACAUAAAUCUGAAAGGUUGGAACAAGUAGCAGAGGAUGAUGAUAAUGAGAAUGAGAUUUAUGAUGAUUACGGAGAUAUCAACGGUAGUAAAACAGUUGUAGAAGCUGAAAUCCAUUCUUACAGACAUGGAACUAGUACUAGCAAUUACUCCUAUACAAGGGAUUCCAGUAUAUACAGUGUUGGGAAUAGUUCUGACUACUGCGCAUGCUCGGAUUGUCCUGAAUGUAGUUACCAAACCAAAUCCUUCAGAACAAGUGACAUGGUGGGAAUCGAUAGUUAUGAAAACAACAACAACAGUAACCAUAACAACAACAACAGUAACCAUAACAACAACAGUAACCAUAACAACAACAAUAUGGACAACAGAAAUCAGAAAAACAACAAAAACAAGAAAAUUGAAGAAGACAAGGAUGAAUCUCCUCCUUUACCCCACCCCAGACAAUCCCCUAGGGGGGAUGAACAACUCCAAAACUCAAUCCCGCCACCGUUACCUCCCAAGUCAAGAUCACCUAGGGGCAACACACAACAAUCCACAUCCUCCUCGGGCAAUGUCCAGGCCAGUUCUAUUGUCCUUGUUGGGAAUUUAAGAGCCAAAAGCCGUUCGGCUGAGGCGAGCUUAAAUAUUGAGAAGAGAAGAGAAAAGAAUGGAGUUAUUAUUGAUGAUGAAGAUGAUAUAAGUUCCCCUGAGGCUCCUCUCAAAGAAAGAAUCUAUGAAGAAAAAGUGGAGGAUAGAAAGAGCAGAGUAAAGAAAAAAUCUGCAAAUUCCUCCAAAAGGCGGGUUGCCAGAUCCCAGUUUAGAACUGUAACACCUGAACCUGAGGAUUCUAUAGAUGAGUCCAGGGAGUAUAUUCAGGAACCUAGAUGGAGGGAACAUAAGGAAUUCACAACAGAAGAAGAAGAUUACUAUUCAGAGGAUCAACUCCUUACCACCAGGGAUCAUCUUCAGGAAGAGAUGGGAAAUCUAACAGUACAGAUUCUUAAAUCAGGCAACUCUGAGAUGGGUGACUCUGGGAUAAGUUCUAAUCCAGCAAGUAUAUCAACACCUGGAAUGAGUCCAAAAUCUGACUCUUUGGAGGAAACUAAAGCUCAAGAUGUGGCGGAUAAAAUCAUUCCACCAGGUAAGAAGAGGGACACCAUGCUGCGGGAAUUGAAGUCUAAACUAAAAGAAAGAUUUCCAUCAAAUGGAUUGUCAAGUCCUCCAGCAGCCAGUAGGCACAGUGAGCCUAGUCAGCAAUUUAUACAAGAGAAACAUGCAGAAGUAGGACCUAAACUUUCCAAACUAUUUACUGAUAGAACAAUAGAUCCUAAAUCUAAAGCUCCGAUGGAUCCGUAUGGAAGUAUGCGAAAGACUCGUCUAAUUGGCGAGCGUGAAGAGUGGGAAGAGUCAAAGAUGGAAUUCUUGCAGAAACGAGCAUCCUUGAGGAGGGUGAGCAAAGGAGGAGAGUCCAGUGCAUCUAGCCACCUUGAAACUGUGGAGGAGUCGGAUACAUGUGACUGUGAAAGCUCCUGCUACAACUCUGAGUACGAUAGAGAGUUUCUUACGCCACCAAAUCCACCUCCAACGGCUGCCAGUAAUAGAUACAGUUGUACACCAGAUCAAGGACAAAGAUCACCAGAUAGAAGAUAUAAUAGAUCAACAGAACAGAGACACAAUGAAUCACAAGACCAGAGGCAUAAUAGAUCACCAGAACAGAGACAUGAUGGUUCACCAGAACGAAGGCGAAAUCAAUCGCCACAGCAAAAAUAUACAAGAUCACCAGAUCGGCGACAUAAGGGAUCACCCGCAGGUAGAUAUACAAGAUCACCAGACCGGCGACAUAAUGGAUCAGCAGAAGAAAGAUAUACAAGAUCACCAGACCGGCGGCAUAAUGGAUCACCAGAAGGAAGAUAUACAAGAUCACCAGACAGGCAACUUAAUGGAUCACCAGAAGAAAGAUAUACAAGAUCACCAGACCGGCGACAUAAUGGAGCACCCGAAGGUAGAUAUACAAGAUCACCAGACAGGCAACAUAAUGGAUCACCAGAAGAAAGAUAUACAAGAUCACCAGACCGGCGACAUAAUGGAUCACCAGAACGGCAAAUUAAUGGAUCACCAGACCAACGAAAUAAUGGAUCACCAGAUCAAAGAUACUCAAGUUCCCCAAAUCACCCUCCUACAAGUCCUUCACUGAAGAACAAUGAGAGGCCUACAUCUUCCAAAUCCCAGAUAAGUGAUGUUUCAAAACUAAGCUUGAGCGAGAAAAGAGAGCUAGUUUAUGGUCCAGGAGGGAUUUUUGGAUCCUCAGGACCCUUCAGUACUCCUGGAGUAUCUAGAUAUCCUGAACCUACUAAACCCAGGAGUAAACAUGAUCAGGGGUAUACAGAGGAUGCUUCCCUGACCUCCUGUAGAUCUAUCAGUACUGUAACAGCUACCAGUGAUUCCGCUAUGUUUGCAGAAGAUAGAUCAGAUAAAUCACAAUAUGUAGCAAACACUGUUAUAAAGGCUGCUAGCCCAACAUCCCCUCCACCAAAAUCCGGGAAAUCCUCUGAUCCUCAUUCAUCUAGUCGGCUAGAAAACUACAGGGCAGAAGGGUGGAUUCAAGAGAAGCAACUUCGCAUGAUGAGCUGGAUCACAAGAACCCAGCAGACUAGAUAGUUAGCAAAAACAGACAAUAAAUGUUUCUGCUCAGCAGGCUAAGUAGUUAGAUUUACAUACAAUAGAUGUCUCUGAGAAGCUGGAUCUAGAACCCAGCAGGCUAGAUAGUUAGAUAAAAAUACAAUAUAUGUCUCUGAGAAGCUGGAUCAAUAGAACCCAGUAGGCUGAGUAGUUAGAUUAACUUACAAUAGAUGUCUCUGAGAAGCUGGAUCAAGAACCCAGCAGACUAGAUAUUUAGAUAAACGUACAAUAGAUGUCUCUAAGAAGCUGUAUCACAAGAACUCAUCAGGCUAGAUAGUUAGAUAAACAUACAAUAGAUGUCUCUGAGAAGCUGGAUCACUAGAAUCCAGCAGACUAGAUAGAAUUAAAAUCAGAAUCAGUCGAAACUGAAAGCAGUUGUACGAUGAGAAUUAAAGACAACUUUUACAUCAUGUUCUGACAAAAACAUUUUAAAUACAAAACUGUCUCCUUUAAGAUAUUGAAAGAACCAUGAAAAAUUCAGAAUUAUUUUUUUGAUUGUUUUUAAAAAUAGUUAAAAUUUGUUUAAAUCGUAAGCAAUCUUUUCAUCGUCGUUACAAAAAUAAUGGGUUGAUUUGGAAACAUUGAUCCUUAACGCUCUUUUUAAGAACAAUAGCUGAUGUUUUUCAGAUACAGGGUUACCCACAAAAGAUAAGACUUCAAAGACGACUGUACAUAAUUUGUAUUGUAUGUUUUCUUUUAUUUCUGAUGUCCUGCAACUGUAAACUUGUUUCUUAUUCAGCCAAAACAGAAAAUAGGCCUUUUAAAAACCAAAACUUCUUUGUGGGCAAUCAUGUGUAAUACAAAUUUAACUUUAGAAUGUAUUUGCUUAAAAUGAAAGGUUGUUUCAAGUUACAAAAUUGGUUCUCAACAUAGAAAAAAUAGAUCGAUAAAUGUAAGAAUUUGUUUCUAAUAUUAAAAAGUAUCAACCCUUUAUACUGAGUAUAUAGUGGUAACACAACAGUUACCGAGCAUGCACCUCUGACCCUUCAGUAAAAGUAAAUUCAAUCUAAAGUCUGACCGCGUCAACCUUGUUGCUCAGGCUAGUCCUAUUGAGUGUCUGCUUUAUUUACUGAAUGUGCGAUACAGUACUAACUGGGACUGGAAAGAUUGACCCGGCUCGGAAAUUUAAAUGUACUACGGCUGCCCGUGCGUGUUUAAUAUUGCUAGUGUAAGUUUUUAUCAUUCUAUGUCAUUUAUAAUAUUUUGAAUUUAUUUUCAAAAUAUUAAGUUUAUACUAACCUACACUUAUAGGAUAAUGUGAUUGUUGUUUUAUAUGUUGUGUUUUGGAAACGUGCAAUAUUGAAAUGAAAUGUAUUUCAAAAUAAUUUAGCCAAAAAGUGUGUGCAAUAUAUACAGUAAAUUUGUUUCUUUUAUUGAAAUAAAAUAUUUAUUUUAAUUAAACAUUGUGAUUUGUGAACAAUUUGUGAUAUAUUUAAACUAUCGAAACAUGACAAAACAUUUAGUGUUCAUAUAUAACCUUGCAGUGUUAGAUAUUUUUAAUACCCCCUCCCCCCUUUCUGGGGUAUUAAUUUUCUAGGUAAAUAAAAAAUAGUUUAAUUUUUUUACAACAUUUUUUCCCCCGUUUUUGCAAGAAAACUUUAUUUGUAUUUUUAAUUUGAGAGCUAAAUCUGAAUAUCCGUUGUAGACAGUUUUGAUUUCUGCUUAAUCCGCUUUUUUUCUCUCAUCUUUGUUCCGACCUUUGUUUCUUCAAACGUCCCUCUGAUUGGUUGAAUUUUAUACACUUUUCUGGAUAAAGAUUAAGUUAAGAUUAGUACCAUUAUUCGUCAUUUUUUUUUGAAUAAAAUUUAUUAUUUAUCAACAUUUGAAGAAUCAAACUACUAAGUUGAAUUUGGCUUUGGUACCAACAUUAUUUGUCUUAUAAAUAGUUGACAGUUCUUAGAGUGUUUACCAAAUUUCUUAAUGUAUCAUACAAAUACAUAUAUUUUAGGCACUAACAGAUUAAUUUUUAGAUGGUGUAUUUAAAGAAAUAG